AGGGAGAUUCGGUUCUUGAUCUAGAAUCGAGAACCAAACCUAACCCGUUGGUUCUGGAUUCUGAUACCCAUUUAGGUAUUUAACUUAAGAAGAGCCCUUUGGGUCCGGUUCAUUUCGGGUCCAAUUCGGUUGGUUCGGUUCGGGACUUUUGUCCAAACCUAGUUCACACCAACUUGUAUUGUACGCUCCAACCCAAUAAUGCUGUCCCAAAUAUUCAAUACUUUUUUAAGCAAUGGAGAGUCAUCUUUUUUCAGCGUAUAUUCCCAAAUGUCCAUACCUUGAAGGUGUACCUGAUUUACCCAUUUAAUCCAAAGAGUAUAUCCUUCUUGCUAUGGAUGUUCUGAAGUGUUUUGGAGAGUAGUGCAACAUUCCAACUUUUAAUAUUUCUAAAACCAAGCUCUCCCUCAUGCUUUGGUAAGAAAAUUUGAUUCCAAGCAGGCAACAUUUUUUUGAUCCCCAUAGGAAGUUCCAGCAUAAACUAAUGAGUUUAGAAGCCACCGUUGCCGAAAUGGGGAAAAUGGAUAACCAAAAAAAUUCCACUCCUUGUAAGAUGGUUCUCACAGGGCAUCUUGUAAAACCAGAUAUAAAGUGUAACUCAAGUAACUUAUUUGAUCACCCAUAUUUGUUAAAUGUAGGCUACUUAAGUUUCCGUGUUCUGCUGCAGGGCCAAGUGAAACACAGAGUAUCCUCACGUGGCAAAUAUGUAUCGGUGAACAUUGGACCUGUUCAAGUAGUUUGUAGUGAGCAGGUUCAAGCAGUAUACAAUGCUAUGAGAAGAGAUGACAGGAUGAAAUACUUUUUGUAGAUGUUUUAUUGAAUUCUCUAUGGCAGGCUUAUCAACUCGGGCACCAUGCUUGCCUUUUCUUCUCUUAUUUAUUUCACAAUUUUUUGGAGUGAUAUUUGUAUUAAAUGUUAGAUACUUUAGCGCAAUGAUGUUGUAGGCUUAGUAGAGUUGAAUUGAGCUAAAGAACCUUGUACAUUAACCUUUUUUAGGAAUCUUAUACUAAGCAAAUUUGUCACUUUCCAAUUCACUACGAAUGUAUCUUAGAAUUAGGGUUAGAGAUGAUAUGACUAGGCCGACAACUUGGUAUUUUUUCAUUUAUAAGUUUAGAACACAUUUCACCUUAAGCCAAUGCCUGUUUGAAACCUUGGAUGAUAAUAUUUGAUUCUGAAACAUGUAUUGAUUCAAGUGGUUCCUUUUU